AUGUUACGCACAGUUCUGCUUCUAGAUGGGAGCGAGGCUAUGAAUAGCUCUUCGGAUUACCUUCCCUCCUACUUGUUAGCCCUUCGACGGCCUGUUAUGCAGUUCAUCUCAGAAUAUCUAGACUCAACUCCGCUCGCCUCGCUUGGUGCUGUGGUGAUGCGCGAUAGCAUUAGUCGCCGGUUGUGUUCCUGCACCGCGAAUGCCAGCGAGAUUGUUGAAAAAUUAGAGCGAGAUUACUUUCUAUAUGGGGGUUCGGGAGCGACCUCGCUGGAAAACGGCCUACGAAUGACUUUGAGCGAGCUUGUGGACUUACAAAAGCUCGUGGAGAAGCGGUCUAGUGCGGAUGCGUCGUCGUCGGCUUCUCGCAGGCGACAGCCACAGGCAGUGCGGCUGCACGUGCUGCUGGUAACUGCAUCCGUAACGUUGAUCGAUCCGACGGAUGUGUUUCGCGUCAUUAACACCUUUCGUAAAUUUAACAUCCAGAUCGACGUUAUCACCUUCCACGGUGCCGUGCACGUGUAUGACAUGUGUGCGCGGCAAACCGGUGGGCAGCUGUACUGCCCCUUGCGGUUUGAUCACCUUUUGCGUAUUUUGCAUCAGCUUGCGGUGAACGGCGGGUACAAGGAGGAUGUCGAUCAUGGAGGGCACUGUCCGCGCCUAGGAUAUACCUUGCGUCUCGCGCAAAACGGCGUUGGCGCUGCUGCCGAGUACGGUGAAAAAAGCAGGGCUAGUCGGAAAAGUAGCCCCCAGGGAAACAACCACCACGGUGCCGAAGAAGGGGAUCAAGCUGCGAUGGUGCCUAUUGGGUUCCCCAUACUGCUGGAAAGACCUCUGAAAGGUGUCACCUCUUCGCCCAGUACGGACACAUACCUAGCAUGCCCACAGUGCCAUUUUAUUCAAACCGCCAUUCCAUCCACCUGUUCCCUGUGCAAGCUGCUUUUGUGCAAUGUUGGGAUGAUCUUCUCCACGUUUGUCGCCCACAACCAUCUCGUACCACCGUUUCGUCGGCUCCAUGAACAACAGCAGCUCCUCUCGUCAGAGGCAGCAGGGUCCUCUGUCGAGACGCUGCCUUCGAAGACGGCGGUCGUGCUUGAUGAGAAGGCCUCCAACGAGGAGGAGGAGGAGGCAAAGGAAGGGGGGAUGGAGAGAAAAGUAGUGGGGGUGAGAGGAAGUAUUUUAUGCCACCUGUGCGCUGAAGUUGUGGGGCAGUCAGGCGGCGAGGGUUGGAUGUGUGAGGCGUGCUCCAGCGUGCGGUGCGACACAUGUCAUGUGUUUGUGAUGGAGACACUAGGACUUUGCCCUUGCUGUGUUGCGUUGCAGUAG